CUAAGAAUGGACCGUGAGCUAGAGGGAAUCAUUGACAAGAUCAACCUUUUGCCCGAAGAUGAAAAACAACAAGAUAAAAGAGAUUUAAAAGAGCUUCAAGAGAAAACAGAGAGGAUGAAUUCCCACGCAAGAGAGACCAUUAGGAGCCUUCGCGCAGCGGCUAAGAAACUAGACAACGUGUGGAGGGACUGCAAGACAGCACAUGCCGUUGGAACCAGCGUUGGAAUAUUGGGAGGCCUUCUUUCAAUCGGGGGAGGAAUUGCAACAGUUAUGACAGCUGGGACUGCUACUCCCUUAUUGGUAGCAGGAUUGUCUCUUGGAGGCGCUGGAGCUACUACAAACAUAGGGGCAGCCGCCGUCGAAGCUCUUAUAAAUUCGGCUGAAAUAAAAAAGGCCGAAGAACAAUUGGGUGAGACUAUGAACAGUAUAAACGAAGUAAACAGGAUUGUCCAGAAGAUUUUAAUGGCGAAAGAAACAGCAAGGCUUAUUUAUAUUUAUUACCUUGCCAAAACCCUGAAGUUGGGAGGUCCUGCGGUCUUGAAGAUCCUUCGUGAGCUGGUGUUUUUCUCUGCAGGAACACCUACUAAAAUGGUGGUACAAGUAGCAGAAACUGUAAUGGCCUGUGCGCAGACAGUGACUCUGGCUGGUGCGAAAGCUGCAACUCAAGGAGGUGCUCAAGGAGCGGGAAAGGCAGCUGCGCAAUCUGUUGACGAUGUGGUACGAGCAACGGGUCAGGCUGGAGCACAAGCUGCUGACGACGUAGUCCAAGCAGGGGCAAGGGCGGGUUCUAAGGCAGUCGGUGAAGCUGUGGGUAAAGUCGUCAUUGUGGUCAAUGUUGCAUUUGUUGUGUGGGAUGCCAUAGACCUUGGCUUCACCAUUAGGGAUCUCGUUGAAAACAAGGGAUCUGAAGCUGCAAAAGUUCUGAGACAAAAGGCAGACAAACUCGAGAGUGCCAUGAAGUAGUAAAACUCGGGAAAAGGCGAGAUUUCGAACGGAUAUUCAAUAAAUAAACAUUAAGCUACGUUGAUAUUAAGAUUUUCAAAGAAAAGCGUUUGUUUUCACCGGCCCUUUUCAUUA